AUGGACGUCGAGAUGCGAGACGCUCCCCGCAGGUCGUCGAGGAGGGGCGCAGGCGCAAAGGCUGCCCAAAACGCUCCCCGUCGCAGCGACCCUUACGCCAGGGACGCAAAACAGCGCCCCGCCGCCAGGGCCAGGUACGACCAGGAGCUGCUCGACCCGCAAGAACCGGCCCAGUACGCCACCACCGGCAUGUCCUACCCGCCUCCCCAGCUCAACAUCAAAGGAUCCAGCGGUCCCACCUGGGUCGUCGUCUCCAACCUCGCCAUCGGAACCUCGGCAGAGGACAUCGAGCUCACCUUUGGCUCCUUUGGACGCGUCACCGACGUAAAGACCCGCAACCCGCCCGGUGCCAACCACCCCUCGGUGUCGUACGAGGUCGCCUUUGAGCACCGCCACGAGGCCGACCUCGCCGUCGAAAAGUUCCACGGCGCCCUCGCAGACGGUCGCGUCCUCUCCGUCUCGAUCAAGAAGCCCGACCCGCCCCGCGACCCUUACAGCCAGUUUUCCCGCGCCGCCGCACAGGCCAUCGCACAGAGGCCACGCGAGCGCGCCCCAAACAUGAUCCCCGCCCAGAAGCUGCGCGCCGCCGAGGCCAGGCAAAAGGCCAAGGCAGAGGCCCAGGCAAAGGCGCUGGCGCUGGCAGGAGGCAAAAAGGCGAAAGCCGGAGGCAAGGCGGCGACACCGGGAGGGGCGGCCAACCUCCAGUCGAGGAUCAGCGUGCCCCUGGCCCAGAGGCUGGCCAAGCAGGCAGGCACGCCCAAGUCGGACCUCGCCGCGCAAAGGGAGGCGGACAAGAAGAAAAAGAAGAGGGCGGUGGCCAAGGCCAAGAAGAAGUCGGCCGCCGGGGGCGCGGCCAGUGCCGGCAUGGAGAUUGACGCCUGA